AGCUCAAGAAAGAGAAAGAAGUGGAAACCCAUCUUAGUUCCUUCUUUAGCUUGAUCUAUUACUGCUUCGGUUGGUGAUUAAGAUCUUGAAGUUAGAUCCUGAAGCUGUUUAAAAGAAACUACAAACGGCUGUUCUUGAAGAACAUGUGGCUGUUUGUAAGUUGGUUUUUCCUUAAAGUUUAUCUUUGUUUGUUGAGUUAAAAAUAGAUCUAUGACAAGUACUUCUGAAAAUAGUAGUUUAUCUAACUCUAGGAGUUCAGCAUCUUUAGACUUUUCUCAUACUGAUAGUAUGAAUGUCAAGAUGACAUCUUGUAAGUUGGAUGAUUCCAACUAUCUUGUUUGGUCUCACUGGAUGAAGCUUUACAUCACCGUUAAGGGAAAGAUUGGAUAUUUGACAGGAAACAAGCUAUGUCCGGCAAACUCAGACCCCACAUAUGAGACUUGGGUGGAAGAAAAUGCCAUAUUAAUGAGUUGGUUGCUAGACUUUAUAUCUCCUGAUUUGAGGAGCAGUUUUAUGCGCCUAACCACUGUAAAAAAAAAUAGUGGGAUGCAGUAGCUCAGAUUUAUGUGGUGAGUGGUGAUGUUACACAACUCUAUGAUUUGAAUCGGUAGAGUUAUAGAGACACGAUAGAAUAAUAUACCCCUAUCAGUCUAUUAUUAUGCUCUUCAAGCUUUGUGGCAAGAAACUAGAUUUCCUCCAGCCGUGUGACAUGGAGUGUGUUGCUGACACUAUCAAGCUGCAGAAGAGAAUUGAAAGUGGUCGAGUCAUUGAGUUCCUUGUUGGUCUAGACUCUUCUUUUAACCUAUUAGAAUUCAGAUAUAGGGAGGAUCCAUUGCUACACUUCGGGGAGUUUAUGGAAUUGUGAGGUUUGAAGAACUUCGCAGGGUUGCUAUGGCAUCUCCAGUAGCUCAAGAAAGUUCAACGUUGAAGGUUGUUGCCACCUCCAUUCAUAUUCCAACAGUCGCAUUAGAAAACAUCCGCAAGCCUGACGAGAAAGACUCUUUAUACUGUGACUAUUGCAACAAGAGAAGACAUACCAAGGAGACAUGCUUCAAGCUCGAUGGGCCCCCACAAUGGAAGAAUGAUAAUAGGAGAAAGGGUUUCUCUAAUGGCAGACGUGGAGGAAGAAGAGGAGGUCGCAAUGGUGGUCUAAGAGCAUACACACAACUGAUGAGGAGUUUCCAUCUACAUCAACCGGCAUUUCUUCCAACCAUCUUCUCAACCAUCUCAAUCCCAAAUGGAGCAAAUGAUAACGGAGUAUGCUCAAAUGCUGUCUUCCAAGGAGAAUUUUGUUGGUUCUACUUCCAUGGCUCAAUCAGGCCAUUAGUCAUGGUAAGGAAAGAGGAGGCCUUUACUACCUUGAGUUGCAAGAGAUGGAACAAGAGAGCAGCACAAGAGCCUACAAAUCAACAAGUGGAUCUAAUUCUGAGGAACAAGUCGGACUAUGACAUAAACGAUUAGGACAUCCUUCUUUUGAGUAUAUGUAAAUGUUGUUUCCUAAGUUGUUUUCAGAACUUGCUAUAUCUAAAUUUCAUUGUGAAGCAUGUAAAUUAGCUAAACAUCACAGUGUUCCUUAUCCUUUAAGCAUGAAUAGAAGUCUAUCUCCUUUUGCUAUUGUA